AUGGAUGAGGAGGCUACCAAAUACCAAUCAUGUGUGUUCAGCCAAAAAUUUUCCAGAUUUCGUAACCUUAUAAAGGAAUGUGAAAGUUAUAUCAUUUUAAAGCCAAACAUGGCGGCUGUUAAAAAUGGUUUUAAUGUUACUGAUGUUAUUGGGCAAAUUGUCUCAUUUAGGCCUCUUGAGACAACCAAUCCUAACCCAUCAAGACAUUACAUAAAGAUGACUAUUGCUAACUUAGAGUCUGUACACCUCAAUGUCACUAUAUUUGGAAGUCAGACACACCAAAUGUCACAGUACCUAAAAAGUAACACCACGGUUACUUGUCUUGUUAUAGUGAUGCAGUUUGUCAAACUUAAUGUUUGGAAUGGAAUUGGUCAAGCUCAAAGUCACUUCGAUGUAACGAAGAUGUUCAUUAAUUCUGACAUUGUGGAAAUUAAUCACUUUAAGAAAGAGUUGAAAGCAGAUAACAAUGGUGGUAUGUUGGAAAAAAGCAUAACUACACUUCCAAGCUACUCUUCUUCUUAUAUGGAUGAUUUCAAAAGGAAUUUCCCUUUAAAAACUAUUUGUGAAAUCACAGAACCACUAAAGGAAAUGAAAUUUCUAUUAGUUGGUUCAAUUGUGAAUAUAAGACAGAAUCUACCUUGGUAUUAUGAAGCGUGUUACAAAUGUGGAAGCAGGGUAAACAAUGUGCCCAAAACUAAUCCUUCCUAUACUGCCCCCGACAAGAUGGAAGAUAGUGUUGUUAUUAAGUGUAAAAAUGCAGCUUGCAACGAUUUGAAUUUUCAUACUGUUAUCAAGUAUAUAAUUCCAAUCAAUGUACAAGAUCAUAAUGGCACCAUUAGACUAACUCUUUUUGAUAGAGAAGCAAAAAGGCUGUUGGAUAUAAGUGCAUUUGAGUUGAAAAAAAUACAUGAAGCGACCGGUGACAAUUUGCACCUAUUUCCAAAUCAAAUGAACCUUUUGAAAAACAGGAAGUUUACAUUUCUUGUGGAUAUUACAUCAUACAAUUUGAUCAACUAUAACAAUAUCUACACCGUUGUUAAACUUAUAGAAGAUGUCUCCAUUGUUUCGGACUUAGAAAUUUCCUUAAAUGAAGUACCACUACAAUCAGAUGAUGUUGUUCAUACUGUUGAAAAGGAUGUCAUAUCACAAACAGAUGAGAGUUUUAUUCCCGCAACAGUUGAUAAAUCAUCGACAACAAGUCCAAUGAAAAUAUCAUCUGAUUUGAAGCGCAGCCUCCAUGACAUUUAUGAUGUUGAUAGUGGAAUUGAUUUCAGUUCAACUAAAUCCAAAAGAAGAUCAAUGGGAAAUGAAAUCCACUUUUAG